GAGCAGAAGGAGUGAAGUCUCUUAUCACUGUUCUGUCAUCACUUGCAGAACCCAGACUGCAACAAGCAAUAAUGAACAUUUCACUGCAAAAAGCAUUUCCUCUGACUAUCACUGGGGAGGAAACAGCACCAAGUGCAAUCGCUGAACAGCCAGGUUCAGAACACAGAGGGAAUACAUGUCAUCUGGUACUACACAUCCCGUAGGGACCUACAAAGGCAGGGCCAGGAGAUGCACACCAUGUCCAUCCCAGCCCCACGACAGGCAGCACUGAGCGCGCAGAGCACAUGUCCAGCAGCUGCUCCUCACUUCUCUUUCUAUGUACAACUCCACUAAAAAGCCAUCCAACUCUUAAGACUGUAUUUUGUAAAUCCAAAAGAAAAUGACGUGCGUGCAGUUUACUGAAACUCUAGUUACAUUUAGUCUUCUACUACCAUGUACCACACAGAGUUGAUGCUUUAACUUUAAAACUGGAAGAACUGCUCAGCAAAUUAUAAAAGGUGUAAAUAUUUUAAAAUUAUAACAUAAAAUCACCUUCUCCAAUCACUACUUCUCUUUACACAAUGAGACCACUCAGUUUUCAAACAAGGAGGGCUGCGCACAAAAGUAAUAACAAAUACCUGCACACAAAUCACAAGACACAGAGAUGGGAGCACAACUCCACGCUCAGGAAAGUGGUGCCGGCUUAUGAAAUACAUGAUACAAUCUCCCUUAAAAAUAGCAGCUCUAUUCGUAGGUCAAAAGCAGGAAGUAACCCUCUAAUUAUAUAGAAAGUUCUAUUUCUCUCUCCGUUCUGGAGGAAACAAAAGCAGAAGCACUGAUGGCGUCACCUGGGAUCAGCAGCUGUCCUCCCGGCUAAGGAGCCAGACCCUGCACGCCAGCGGCCCCGGCACAGCAGCAGCCCUGGGACCGCAGCAGCUGAGGCCCCCCAGCUCCAGGCACUCACAGAGAGCCGCUGCAGCACCAGGAACCGCAGCAACCCAGCGCAGCAGCGCUGCUCCACAGCACGCUACGGUAACCCCCUCUCUGAUUUCUGCUUGUUUUCUGAUCUUGCAUGCCUGGCAAUUCCUUGCUUUGUUAGGACUGGACGUGGCAGCCGGAUCUGCCACGCACUUCAGGGCAAAAGCAGAUUCUAAUACUCCUCUCAAACCCUUAUCGAUAGAAAAGAAACUUGGCAGCUCAGUGAGGGCCGUGUCGGGAUGCUCAGGUGCUGGCUGACCUUGCUUUCAAAGACAGAGCUCACCCCACUCAACUGCACUCACUACAAUGGCAUCACUGUGCACCCGAAAGCGGCCCCUUUGAGGACACACAGACCCACCCGCCUCUCACAGCAGGCACAGCACGGCUGCCAGCUCCACGUGCUGAUGGCACCUGCAAUGCCACACAGCUCCACACCGUGGGUCGUCAGUGCUUUUUGCAGUACCACGUUGGAUAGAACAGCUGGUUUAGAAAAGUGACAGGAAAAACCAGUUGUGGUGCUGUAAAUUAAUUCCUAUACAAGUAAAGCUACAAAAGCCUUCACAGACCAUGCUGGCAAACGUGCAUCCGCCGCAGUAACACCCCGAUGUCUGAGUGCUGACAUCUCAGCCGCAGGGCACCCACCAGCCCCCUCUCUCAGGCAGCCUGCAAUGCCCGGCUGCCACAGCUGUCUCCUGACUCCAAACCCACACUAGGAACCUGCAAGCCAUCCCUGCAUCUGGGGGGUGUGUGGGGGAAUGGUAGAGAGGGCCUUGAAGGUGUCCGACAGUAGGGCUGGGGCACAGACAGUCAGGGCAAGAGAAACAAGGGAAUUACUUUUACAUUGGCCUCUCUCUACCAAACGUGCACCCAAAAGGAGCUCUGCUGCCACCUCUUUCCCACAUUAAGAAGGACGUGGAAAGCGAUGUUUGCCCUUUCUCCUUGGGCUCAGAGGACACCAUUCAGGUAGUCCCUGCCGCAGGCCCCACAUGGCAGAGCAGGCGCAGCCAGGUGGAGCUGGCAGUCCCACAGCCCAUCACAGCAGCAGACCUCUGCCCAUCCUAUCCCACACCUCCUCACAGCCCCUGCCAGGCAGGGACCCAACAGACCAGGACAGCAGCUCCCCUCAGCCCGGCCAGACCAGCCCCUGGCACGGCCAUGCCCAGCACUGCCUGCUCCAACCUAGCAUCCUCAGAGGAAAGCAGCGCAGGUGGCAAAGUCCAACAGAAAUACUCCCUGUAUAAAAAUGAAAAAUAGACUAAGAAGACUGAAAUCAUAAAAGGCAAAAUCUCCAGCUUUGCUAUUUUUUACUUUUCUUCUUCUUUUGUUGUUUCUGUUUUUAGAAGGAGGGUGGAAAAGACGAAAUGCAAACAAAAGCCACAAGCAACUUCAGCUACUCUAUCAAUGGCAGCAACUGCACCAGUGAUAACAGAAUCAGACAGGUCAUCUUCCCUCUGCUUUAUACUCUUCUCUUCCUGGUGGGUCUCACUAUGAAUGGCCUAGCAACGUGGAUCUUCUUCAAAAUAUCAAGUAAAUCCAAUUUCAUCAUCUUCCUCAAGAAUACUGUCAUUUCUGACAUCCUCAUGAUUCUGACUUUUCCAUUUAAAAUCCUCAGCGACGCACAGUUGGUACCGUGGGUGCUGAGAGGAUUUGUGUGCCAGGUCAGCCAAGUCGUAUUUUACUUCACCAUGUACAUCAGCAUCUUGUUUCUCGGGCUGAUAACCAUCGAUCGCUAUCAGAAAGCCACCUCGCCAUUCAGAACAUCAACCACAAGGAGCCUUCUAGGUGCCAAGAUCCUCUCCAUGGCUAUUUGGAUAUUGAUGUUUACUCUUUCAUUACCCAACAUGAUUCUAACAAACAAGAAAAAAACACCUAAGAACGUAAAAAAGUGUGCUCUCUUGAAAUCUGAGUUUGGCUUAGUCUGGCAUGAAACCGUAAACUAUAUCUGCCAGCUUAUCUUCUGGGUUAAUUUACUAGUCAUAGUUGUAUGCUACAUACUUAUAAGCAAAGAAUUGUAUAAGUCCUAUCAGAGGACAAGAUGCACGGGAAGACCAUCCAGAAAAUCUGUAAAUCUGAAGGUUUUUAUCAUAAUCGCAGUGUUCUUUAUUUGUUUUGUGCCAUUCCACUUUACCAGAAUUCCCUACACUUUGAGCCAAACAAGAAAUGUUUUUGACUGUUCUGCAAUGAACACCCUGUUUUACUUAAAGGAGAGCACGCUGUGGCUGACAUCGCUAAAUGCUUGCCUAGAUCCAUUCAUUUACUUCUUCCUUUGCAAGUCAUUUCGAAAGUCCUUGCUAGGCAUGCUGUGCAAGCACACCGCAUCGCCAGAACUCGGAGCACAGAUAGCGGGGCAGAAUGAAAGAGAUGACACUGACGAUACCCCACUUUAGCACAAAGGACCACCCACGCCCCUGCCUGGCCAUGUACGUUUCCCUGGGGGCAGGGGGAGCAGAAGAA